CAACUAAUAUUAUUUGUUUUAUUUUCUUUAAAAGAUAAUAUUUGGGUAAUUAUUGUUGGGCAUUAUGGGGCAUUAUACCACUACACCUCUUUUUAACUUCAAGCCCUUAAUCCCCAUAUGCCAUAUGUCAAUUCAUGCUCAAGGGAGGGGUAUUAGUUUCAAACCCCACUAUACAUGGUUUAAGCUCAUUACAUUAUAGCCUAGUGACAUCUUAGAGAGGGUUUUUUCCAGAUUUAUUUGGUUUCCUCCUGAAUUUGUAUAUAAGCCAUUUUGCUUAGUAAAAAUGAAGAUAAUUGAGUGAUUUAACUGGUAACACAAUGAUAUUUCAGUGAUUCGUUAUUGGUACAAAUUGACAGUUAAAAAAAGUAACAAACUAUAAUGAUGAAUGAGUGAGGUAGAUGACUUCUUCCCCAAUUGUCAUUUUCUUUAUAUUAAACCAAACUAUGUGCUCUUCUUUUUAAACAAACACCUAAAUAAUACCUUUAAAUAAUAUAUUGAGUUUCUAGAAUUUGUCAACUAAAACUAGAUCUUUAUACUCUCUCAUCAACCAUAUUUAUUUAAGUUAAAAAUUGUAAUAACUUUUAUGUUCUUUUUGUUUCCACAAACUUAAAUAUAAAAGAAGAGAAGUGCAAAGUGGAGAUAUAGAGUGAAUGGAGGGAGAAAAAGAGUCGUUGUUAUCUCCGACGAGUCACUACUCAGUGAACUCACUCAGAACCGAUUUCUUAACUCGGUUACCAGAUAAAGUUCGUUCGACAGUUGAUAUAGAGUCUUCUCAUUUCACUCUACAAUCAAAAUCAUCAUCAUCUUCUAAUUCAUUAUUAACUCAAGGUGAAAAGGAGUAUUAUGAGAAGCAGUUUGCAACGUUGAAGUCGUUUGAGGAAGUUGAUGCUAUUGAAUCAUGUGAUGGAGUUGAUGAGGAUGAAUUUGAUGAACAUGUUGUUAUGCAGCAGGAGAGAGCUAUGAAGGUUUCGAAUUAUGCUAACGUUUUGUUACUGGCUUUUAAGAUCUUUGCUACAAUAGAGACCGGAUCCAUUGCCAUUGCGGCAUCCACGUUGGAUUCGUUACUUGAUCUAAUGGCUGGCGGCAUCCUUUGGUUCACUCACUUGUCUAUGCAAAGCAUCAACAUAUACAAGUAUCCGAUCGGUAAACUCAGAGUGCAGCCUGUUGGAAUCAUUGUCUUUGCUGCGAUUAUGGCUACACUCGGCUUUCAGGUGUUAGUUCAGGCGGUAGAACAGUUGAUUGAAAAUAAACCACCCGAGAAGAUGUCGUCUCUUCAGCUUCUAUGGUUAUACAUAAUCAUGUUGACUGCAACGGUUGUCAAACUUGUGUUAUGGUUAUAUUGCAGAAGUUCAGGAAACGAGAUUGUACGCGCAUAUGCAAAGGAUCAUUACUUUGAUGUGGUAACAAAUGUAGUCGGGUUAGUUGCGGCGGUUCUUGGUGAUCGAUUCUAUUGGUGGAUCGACCCUGUUGGCGCCAUUAUUCUCGCCGUUUAUACAAUUGUAAACUGGUCUGGAACCGUUUGGGAAAAUGCAGUUUCGUUAGUCGGACAGUCAGCACCACCAGAAGUAUUGCAAAAAUUGACUUAUCUUGUCACACGACAUCCUAAAGUGAAGCGCGUUGACACAGUUCGCGCAUACACGUUUGGUGUUUUGUACUUCGUUGAGGUUGAUAUUGAACUCCCUGAAGAUUUGUCGCUAAAAGAAGCUCAUGCAAUCGGCGAAACACUACAAAUAAAGAUCGAAAAACUUCCAGAAGUCGAACGUGCAUUUGUUCAUCUCGACUUUGAAUGUGAUCACAAACCGGAACACUCUGUUCUAACCAGGCUUCCCAACAGUGACCCAUGAGGUGAGCGUCUUGUGGUUAGGUCCGUUCUGUACACGACCCAUAUAUUUAUUCGUUUAUGAGUGGCGUAAAUUUCCUUUGUUCAUAUCAAUUUUCAUCUUGGAUGAUGUUCUUUAAUAUAUUAUUAAAUAUUAAAUA